UAUUGUUGAUAUCAGCUGCCCUUUUUGACAAAAGCAGCACCCAGAAUCAAUCAGUGGAUCACGCUUAUCAACUGACGAACAAUUUAAAGAUCAAGAUUAAUAGCAGCAGUGGUACCAAGCUUUCAGAAAUUCAGAUUUUUUAUUUCUAGCAAACAAGAACGGAGAAAAUCACAAAUUUAUAGCUGCUGCAGACUGCAAAAUGUUGAAGGCAUGAUUUCCCCUUCCCCCAGCUGAGUAUUUCAAUCAGGCACUAACUCAUCAUUUAGGAUGACGCAUUCGUCUAUGCACGAUGGGAAGCAGAUUUUGUCUAAAUUCCUAUAUGGGUUCAUUCUUUUAUACAUGAGCACAGGUCUGGAAUCUGCAGCAUUGUCAAACAGUACUUUUGGAAAUGAAUCCGACAGACUGGCACUGCUAGACUUCAAGAAAAGAAUCACCGAAGAUCCCCAACAUAUCAUGAGCUCAUGGAAUGAUUCCACCCAUUUCUGUGGCUGGAGAGGUGUUACAUGCAACAAUUCCAACAAAAGAGUCCUGACAUUGAAGUUGAAUUCUCAAAAUUUGGUAGGCUCCUUAACCCCUUCUAUUGGAAACCUCACUUAUCUUACUGGGAUUAACCUUACGAGCAACGGCUUCCAUGGUGAAAUUCCUCAAGAAAUCGGUCGAUUAAGAAGCUUGGAAUAUCUCAACCUGUCUUACAAUUCCUUCGGCGGAAAAAUUCCAACCAAUAUGUCUUCUUGUACCCAACUAAAAGUGCUCAGUAUUUAUUCCAACAAGCUUACCGGGUCGAUUCCUGACCAACUCAGCUCGUUGUUGAACUUAAAUCAUCUAUGGGUUGAUGAGAACAAUCUCACCGGAACCAUCCCUUAUUGGGUAGGAAACUUCUCUUAUUUGAAAACUGUUUAUCUUGGCAGCAACAAUUUACAAGGAAUCAUACCUAAGGAAUUUAGGCGUCUAACAAGCUUGGAGAGAUUCUCACUUCAGGGGAAUAAUUUAUCUGGUCUGGUCCCUUCUUCAAUCUAUAAUAUUUCUUCCAUAUACCUUUUCGAUGUUACUGAGAACCAGCUGCAAGGAGAGAUACCACCAAAUGUCGGCAAUACUCUUCCUAAUCUCAUAGGGUUUUUCGCUGGGGCCAACAAGUUCACAGGGCGUGUUCCUGUCUCAUUUGGAAAUGCUUCUAGACUUGAGAGGCUUGAUGUGUUCAGAAAUUCUCUCACUGGGGCACUCCACGGUGAAAAUCUUGGAAGCUUACGGAGCUUAGUUUGGCUAAACUUUGAAGAAAAUAGACUAGGAAGUGGAAAACCCGGUGACUUGACUUUUCUUACUUUCUUGGCUAAUUGUACUCGUUUGGAGACUUUAGGACUUUAUGGUAAUCGUUUUGGAGGAGAACUGCCAGGAUCUAUAGCCAAUCUGUCAACCCAACUAAUUAGUCUUACUCUGGGGGGUAAUAUGAUACAUGGAGUCAUCCCUGAGGGUAUUGGAUAUCUUGUAAACUUGACAGUCCUAGUACUAGAACAUAACAAUUUUGGUGGUACUGUCCCUAAUACAAUUGGGAAGCUUCAGAAAUUAGUGGAGUUGUAUCUGAAUAGUAACAAACUUUCUGGGCCAAUUCCUUCCUCCCUGGGUAACUUGUCUGCAUUGACAAACCUCUACUUGGACUGGAAUAUGUUCGAGGGAAGCAUCCCUCCAAGUCUUGCCAACUGCCAAUUUCUACUGAUACUUUACCUUUCUCAUAACAAUCUAUCUGGUUCCAUACCUAAACAGCUGCUUGCGCUUUCAUCCCUUUCCAUGUCUUUGAACAUGUCUCACAAUUCUUUGACUGGUUCACUACCAUCCGAAGUGGGUGAUUUGGUAAAUCUCGCAGAGCUAGAUGUAUCAGAAAACAAGUUAUCAGGUGAAAUCCCACAAACUCUAGGUAGUUGUAUAAUGUUGGUGCGCCUGCAUUUAGAAGGUAACAAAUUUGAGGGAAUAAUUCCUCAAUCUCUUAAAAAUUUAAGAAGCUUGGAAGAGAUAGAUGUUUCGGGCAAUAACUUAUCUGGGCAGCUUCCUGAAUUUCUAGGCAAGUUUACACUACUUGAGAAACUUAAUCUUUCUCAUAAUAAUUUUGAGGGUGAAUUACCUAAAGAAGGGAUAUUUUUUAACGCAAGUGGCGUGUCAGUUCUUGGAAAUGAUAGGCUCUGUGGUGGCAUCCCACAAUUGCAUCUGCCUGCAUGCUCCCACAAAAAGCCCCAUUCAACUCGAGGACUACUUGCCCUGAAAGUAGUCAUCCCUAUAGCUUCUUCUCUUGCACUCAUAAUUGCUCUAUCAUGCUUUAUUGCUGCUUGUUCAAUGGUGAAAAGGUCAAGACGCAAACCUGUGACUUUACGUUCUUAUGAGGACUGGAAAUCAGGUCUCUCGUACUCUGAACUCUUUGAAUCAACUAAUGGUUUCUCUAUAGACAAUCUGAUUGGUUCGGGAAGUUUUGGUUCUGUUUACAAAGGAGUACUAUCAAGUGAUGUAGCAAUAGUUGCCGUUAAGGUAUUGAACCUUCAACAACCAGGAGCUUCCAAGAGUUUUAUUGAUGAAUGCAAAACUUUGAAAAGUAUAAGGCACCGUAAUCUCCUCAAGAUCAUAACUGCAUGCUCAAGCAUUGACAAUCAAGGUAAUGACUUCAAAAGUCUAGUUUUUGAGUUCAUGGAAAAUGGAAGUCUAGAUCCGUGGAUUCAUCCCAAAGGUGAUGAGCAAUCUCAAACAAAGAGAAAAUUGAGCCUUACCGAAAGACUAGAUAUUGCAAUUGAUGUUGCUUCUGCAUUAGAUUAUCUACACUACCAAUGUGAAACGCCUAUUGUUCACUGUGAUCUAAAGCCAAGCAAUGUGCUUCUUGAUGAAGACAUGGUAGCCCAUGUUGGUGACUUUGGAUUAGCAAGGUUCCUUUUGGAAGCUUCAAAUUCGAACAAUCUUGCCGCAAGUCAAACAAUGUCAGCAGGUCUAAAGGGUUCCAUAGGCUACAUUCCUCCAGAGUAUGGCAUGGCAGGCCAAGUUUCUAUACUUGGAGAUACUUAUAGCUACGGGAUACUGCUACUAGAAAUGUUCACAGGAAAAAGCCCUACUGAUGAUGUGUUUAUAGAUGGUCAAAGCAUUCACCGUUUCACAGCCAUGGCGUUGCCAGACCAUGUCAUGGACGUUGUUGACCGUUCAUUGCUCCUUGAAAUAUAUGAUCCGGAUGCUGAUGAUGAAGAAUACAACAAUGAAAUACAAGAAGGACCAAUUACAAAAUAUCAAGAUCGGAGCUCAGCCCAAGCGAAAAGAUUAGAGGAGUGCUUGGUUUCUGUGAUGGAAAUAGGGCUCGCAUGCUCUUCAAUAUCGCCCGCAGAGCGGAUGCCAAUGAAUGUUGUUGUUAACAAACUGAAGUCAAUUAGAGAAUCAUACCUCAAUCGAAGACGAACACGCUACUGAUGCUCAAGCAAGUAUGUUGCCUAAUUUAAACAUGUAUCCCCAUAUAUCAGCAAGCUAGUAUUCCACCGUUCGUUAUACGUCAGCUCUAAUUUUCUUUCGAUAUGUCUUUUAAUUUAAAACCAAUCUGCUUCGCAUUAGAAGGCAUUGCUCUCGUGUGUUUUUUUGUUUCUUCUCUUGCUUUGUACAUUACACGUUUAUAUAUUCAGUUCAAGCAGACGAUGUGAGCUUCUGAA